CUCGUUCUCUCUCCUUUGUUCCGUUUCUCUGCUCUUUCUUCUUCUUCUUCUCUGUUAUCAAAAGAACGUUAAAAAAAAAACUCCGAUUUGUAGAGAAAGUGAAACACAGAUCGAUCACUGAAGCAGAUUAUCGGAAGAGUCUCUCUCUCUGCCAUGAAUGGGAACAACGGAGGAUCAGUUCCGAUUCAAGAAUGUAAAAAUAGAGUGGUUUACAUGUCCGGUUACUUGCCCGGAGCUUCGCCGGAAAAGUCUCCGAUUCUAUCUCCGGUUCCCGUGCGGUUACCGGCGGCUGGAGAUUCAUGGAAAGACGUGUGUGGCGGCGGUUGUGGAUUCGCUAUGGCUAUUUCAGGGAAUGGGAAGCUUAUAACUUGGGGGUCUUCUGAUGAUGAAGGACAGAGCUAUGUUGCUUCUGGAAAGCAUGGGGAAACUCCAGAGCCGUUUCCACUUCCCACGGAGGCUUCAGUAUUACAGGCUUCUGCAGGAUGGGCACAUUGUGCUGUUGUAACAGGGAGAGAGUAUGUUUUUCUGAAGAGUUUUGUGUUGGUGUGUGUAGAGGCUGGUGAAGCGUUUACUUGGGGUUGGAAGGAGUGCAUUCCGUCAAAGGAUGUUGGUGGAAAGCAGCAGAGUGGCUUGAGUGACCCUGGUACAAAUGCAUCCAUCGCUCAGAAUGAGAACCGAAAGGUGGGAGAGGAACCAGUGAAGCGGAGACGUGUUUCAACGACCAAAGAUGAAACGGAAGGCCUUACAUCUGGAGAGGACUACUUUGCUACAACACCUUCGCUUGUGAGUGUUGGCCUUGGAGUGAGGAUCACCAGUGUUGCUACUGGUGGUCGGCAUACUCUGGCAUUGUCAGAUAUAGGACAGGUUUGGGGUUGGGGAUAUGGAGGCGAAGGGCAAUUAGGAUUGGGUUCCAGGAUUAAAAUGGUUUCAGCUCCUCAUCUGAUACCUUUCCUUGAAUCACCUGGCUCUGGAAAAGAAAGAUCUUUUGUAUUGCAUCAAGGAACAGCAACAACGUCAAGAGUUCCUGGUCAGUAUAUUAAGGCGAUUUCAUGUGGAGGGCGUCACAGUGCAGCAAUUACAGUUGCAGAUGCUGGAGGGUUAAUAACUUUUGGCUGGGGACUUUACGGACAGUGUGGCCAUGGAAACACAAAUGAUCAGCUAAGGCCCAUGGCUGUGUCAGAAGUGCAGAAUGUUCAGAUGGAAAGCGUAGCAGCUGGAUUGUGGCAUACUAUCUGCAUCUCUAGUGAUGGUAAAGUGUUCGCCUUCGGUGGAAACCAAUUUGGGCAACUUGGAACUGGCACUGAUCAUGCUGAGACCAUACCGAGGUUGCUGGAUGGGCAGAACAUGGAGAGCAAGCAUGCAAUAGCAGUAAGCUGUGGAGCGCGACACAGUGUGGUUUUGGCAGAUGAUGGUCAACUGCUAUGCUGGGGAUGGAACAAAUACGGACAGCUGGGUCUAGGGGACACGAUUGACAGGAACAUUCCUACACAAGUCCAGCUCGAUGGCUGCAGACUGAGAAAAGUAGCAUGUGGAUGGUGGCAUACGUUACUACUAGCUGACUCACCCACUUGA